AUGGAUACCGACGAACAUCAACUGUACCAAUAUGGCACUCCCCAGGCAAACAAUAGCUUCAAGCGACCGCGUCGUAGCCUACAGAGUUCCACGCCCCUUAGCAGCGUGACGGAGAGCGCGUCGCCCUCACCACGACUGUCUGGCCAGCUGUCGCUCACACCCGAGGUUAUCGAUCACAUUAAUGCAUUGAAGCAUCUCGACGACAAGCAAAUUCUACUAUUGCUACAAGCUGCACGAAGCAAUGGAGACUCCAUGCGCAGCCUCUCCAGUAUGUCGGGCCCUGACAGGUCGUCAAUGGCCAGCCUCGGCAGCCGCAAUUCGUUCCUUAGCGUACCUUCGAGCAGAGUUACAAGCAUGAUGUCCGAUCCCAGGUCUUCGAUUGCCUCCACGGAUUCUUCCUUCACACACUACAGCGCCGUCUCCUCGCGCCUCUCGACCGCCUCAUCCCGUUUAUCUACCAUCUCCAAUACCUCCGCGCCCAAGAACUUUGCAUGCACGUUUUGCGACAAGGCAUUAAAGUCAAAGCCAUACUGGAAGUCACAUGAGGAGGAGUUCCAUGAGCAGCGGCUCACCUGGCGAUGUCCGGACUGCGAACAGAUAUUCCAUGCUGGCAAGCGGUUCCGUGAGCAUCACACGAAACUUCAUGGAUGCGAGAACUGCAAGCAGCCCAGAGAAAGCGGACAACCAACCAGCCGGAAGGCAUCGCCGUGUGUGAAGAAGUACGAGAUUGUCAUGCAUGACAAAGACGCGUGGGGGUGUGGAUUCUGCGCCUGCCUGUUGACUACCUGGGAAGAGCGAUGCGAGCACAUUGCCAUGCACUUUGAAGAGAAGAAGUCGAAGUGGAACUUUACCAAUGUGAUUCUGGGCCUUCUAAAGCAGCCUGAGGUGUCGGAAUCAUGGACUCGGUUGAUGACGCAACGGCACGGCGACGUACAGGACUAUCCUCGUUUCACCUGGGAGUCGAAGAAAUGUAACCGUCUACGAUACAAGCUCGAGACCAAAUGGGAUACACGGGUUUUCGAUGUCGACAAGGUUGUGCAAGAGACGUACGAUUUGGCAGAGAUCGAACCCGCGGAUAUUGCCGAACCUGCAGCUGAGACAGCGGCCGAAGUGCAAGAAGCUCCAGAGCCGACAGAGACCAUUAGCUGCAAGCUGGAGAUGGAUUUCGGGAACGAUCAGCGACUCCACUCGUCCCAUGGCAUCCCGACCGAGCACAUGAUGGAUCUCGACCCCGUGGACACUCCACAGGCUAUGCACCACGACUUGCAAUCAGCUCAAUGGCCCGUCACUACCGACAUAACGCAGACCACCAUGGCUACCGACCCUGGUAUGGGCGCUUUCGGAGGCUUUACGCCUAGCCAUAUGGCGCACAUGUCUACGGAUUUCUCCCAGCCUGUCACUCAAGGUUUCCAACCUUCUUGGUCAAAUGCGGGCUUUGUAUCGACGCCAGACCUAGUCGCUUUCCAGCAACAGAACUCUUACAUGAACUACAACGCCCCGAAAGAGGUUGUGCAGGUUCCGACAUCUCAAUAUGCCAACUUCGGCCAGUAUCCUCGGCAGAGUGUGCCUCCGAAUUUCAUGCAUCACACUAGCACCCCAUCAGCCUCUCGUCGUUACAUUCCCAAGCUGAUCAACAUCGCGAGUCGUCCGUCGAGUUCCCAUAUGUCUGACCAGCCUCCACCACCGCCGCCAAAGGAUGAGCACACCAACCGCUUCUCCAGGAUGAUCAUGAGACGGCGGCCCAGCAACAUCUCACAACAUACUGUUGUCUCGCAAAGAGACAUUGGGUGGAAUGAUGAGCUGAACUGGGGCUAA